AUGUCGGAAUUGAUGUCGGACUCGCACAGAGAGAGCGAUCGCCUCUCGACAUCCAAUGGGGUUAGCAACGACGAGAAGACGGCAUUCACCAUGCUGGCAGACAAAGAGGAGCCUCGAGUUAUCGAGGACGACCUCAGCGGCGAAAGUGACCGCGACAGUGCGGACGUGGUGAUUGUCACGGGUGCUGAUGCGGCCGAUCACCUGUUGCCGCUGCGAGAUGACUUCGACAGUGCCUUGACCUUUCGCAGUAUCGUCCUAGCCUCGAUUCUUUCGUGUUUCCAGGCUGUGAUGUACCAGAUUUAUAUGUUUAAACCGACCUUGAUCACAAUUCAAGGAACUUUCAUCGUCCUCAUCUCCUACUUUGUCGGCAAUGCUUGGGCCAAAUUUCUCCCCCGCGGUGACAAGUAUGAGGCUCGGUGGCGGGCGAAAGGCGGCCAGGGGAAACUCCCUUUCUGGCUCUCACUAAUUAAAUUCGUGAAUCCUGGACCAUGGACUCUCAAGGAGCACGCGAUAUGUUCAAUCACGGCCACAUCGGCCUCGAAUGCUUCCGCUAGUUCACAAGUAUUUGCUGCGCAGGAUCUUUUCUACAAUCUUCCUCUGAGCGCGGCUACAGUCAUCUUGAGCACGAUCUCUAUCGGCCUGUUUGGUUAUGGUCUAUGUGGUCUUAUGCGCCCUAUUGCUGUCUGGCACCCUGAGUCUGUCUACUGGAGUACUUUGCCUACCGUUAAGGUUCUCCAGGGGCUUCACUGGCAGGAGGUGAAGAACUCCAAGCCACUCCGUUAUUUCUGGUAUGCCUUCACUGGCAUGUCUAUCUACGAGAUCAUUCCUGCCUACAUUUUCCCGUGGCUCAACUCUGUCUCUAUCCCGUGUCUGGCUUCGCAAAAGGCAACUGGUAGUACCGCCGCCGUACUCACCAAUGUUUUCGGUGGCUCUACCACCAACGAGGGUCUAGGGAUCUUCUCACUUUCUUUCGACUGGCAAUAUAUCACAUCCUUUCAAACUGCUCUUCCUCUCAAAUUUCAACUUCACCAAGCCGUUGGAUUCUUUGCCUGUUUCAUUGCCAUGAUCGGCAUCUAUUAUGGCAACGGCUGGAAUGCGAAAUCGCUUCCAUUCAUGUCGACAUCACUUCAUAUGAGUAAUGGUACAUCAUAUCCGCUUGAUGCGGUAUUUCCCAGCGGUGUGCUCGACGAAUCAGCCCUGGUCAAAUAUGGUCUGCCCAAGCUAACAGGGACAUUUGCGUUUGCGAUGUUCAUGGCAAAUGCUGCAAUUGGCGCUCUAAUUGUCCACUGCUUUCUUUUCUGGGGAAAAGAUAUUUGGCGUGCGUACAAAAGCGCGAGAGAGGGUAAAUAUGACGAUCGACACCAUGCGCACAUGGCCAAGCAUUACAAGGAAGCACCAUGGUGGUGGUAUGCUCUGGUUCUUAUAGGCAGCUUUGUCCUCGGUCUCAUCGUAGUCCUCAAAGAGAAUAUUACACUGCCAGCAUGGGCAUACGUUGUUUCGUUGUUGACUGGUAUUAUUGUUUCGCCGUUUAGUAUCAUCUUAUAUGCUCGUUAUGGUAAUGGAAUUGCCACCAAUAACUUGUCAAAAUUGAUUGCUGGUCUCUCCUUACCGGGACGCCCGAUCGGUAACAUGUACUUUGCUGCGUGGUCGCACAAUGUCAUUGCCAAUGCGGUCAAUCUGUCCAAUGACUUGAAGAUGGGUGAAUAUCUCAAAAUUCCUCCCCGCGUUAUGUUCUUGACUCAGGUCUACGGCACUAUGCUUGGUGGCUUUAUCAAUUACGCAGUCAUGAUUUCCAUUGUGUCAGGUAAUCGAGCGCUUCUCUCCAAUGGCAACGGAAAUUCCUCCUGGAGUGGUGCGACUAUGCAAGCGUACAACACCAAUGCGGCCUCCUGGGCUCUGGCCCCUUAUCUUUACAAGAUCGGCUCCGAGUAUGAGAUGGUACCUUUUGGCAUACUCAUCGGUGCUGGUGCUGUUGUUAUUCACCGUCUUUUCUAUCAAUUUGUCCCUAAGAUCGGAAGAUUCGAUGUCUCGGAAAUCAAUCUGGCACAAUUCAUUCAAUUUGCCGGUUAUAUCCCUUAUAAUCAACCCCAGACUUGUGUCAUCCUCAGUUGGAUCAUCGCCGGCUUCUUUGUUCAGUACUACCUCCGGAACUACCAUCCACGAAUCUUCAAGGACUACUCAUACCUAGUUACUGGAGCCUUCGAUGGAGCAAGCCUUACAGUUCUCUUCAUACUCUCGUUUGCGGUUUUCGGGGCGGGUGGACCGUCACAUCCAUUCCCAUCAUGGUGGGGGAACAAUGAGAAUGGAAACUAUGAUUGGUGUCCUGUAUCAGAGUAA